AUGGGUGAGAUUACUUGUGAAAAUUUUUAUUCCGAAUUACCGGUUAUCGAAGACGCAAUUAAAGAAUGUGCUUUUAUAAGCUUAGAUAUGGAGUUCUCCAAAUUAUUUGACAAUACAUCAAAGCCAUUUACUUUAUUCGAUACACCUGAAGAACGAUACAACAAAUUGCACCAAAUAGUAUCUGAUAUAACUUGUAUUCAGUUUGGUAUUGCGAUUUAUGUUUAUGAUGACAAAAUUAAAACAUUUAAAACGAGUACUUACUCAUUUUAUACAUACCCGCAGACAUUUUAUAAAUCUGAUAGUGUGGUCAAUUUUCAAACAUCAUGUGUUGAAUUUUUAUGUAAACAUAGUUUUGAUUUUAACAAGUUGUUUCAUAGCAGGGUCCCAUAUUUAACCGACGAAGAAGAAUUAAAAAUAAAGGCAGAAAUGUUGGAUGAAUUAUUUUUUGACAAAUAUUUUGAAAAUAAUAUAAAAUUUCGUUCUAUCGAAGAAGAAUUAAUGAAAGUUUUAAAAAUUGUUUCUGAAUGGUAUGAUACUGCCAAUUAUGGAGAGCAGACGUUUUUAGAAAUAAAUGGAUGCAAUGAACCUGCAUAUACUAUAUUAAUGCAAUAUUAUCUUCUGAAAAAGUUAAAAUAUAUACUCAUAGAUGAAAGUCAAUUAGGAUUGAAUAUUACAAAAAUAGAAGCUAAUACAAAUUCAGAAAUAUUGAACAAAACAAUUCAUGAAAAUCUAAAAUUAAGUUUAUUAAAUAAAAUGAUGGGUAUCAAAUAUUUAAUGAAACUAAUUUCAAAGUUGAAAAAACCGAUAAUUGGGCAUAACUGUGCUUUAGAUAUUUUAAUUUUAUCCAACCAAUUUUUCACACCCUUACCUGUAAACUUCAAAGAUUUCCAAAAUUUUGUAUCCAACAACUUUGGACCAAUUUAUGAUACUAAACUAUUAUGUAAGGAAGUUAAACGUCUAGUAUCUAAAAAUGAUAAAUGGAUUGGAAGUUCUCUCCCGCAGAUAUAUUCAUAUUUAAAAGAUGGAGAUGGCAAAAAAUAUUCAGAUACUAUACAUAUUCAAUUGACUAGUAUUGAAGAACCUCAAGAUAUGAAAUUACACCAUGCUGGGUGGGAUGCCUAUUACACUGGUUAUUGUUUUGUUAGAAUGAUUCAUAUUAUUAAAAACUUCUCUAGUAAAUCUGAAAAUACGAGAUAUACCAUAACAGAACUUUUAAAAUCAAUAGAAAUUUCUAAGAACAAAUUGUUCACCAGUCGAUCAAUUUCAAAUAUUUUGGAUUUGGAGGCAGAUGAUCAUCAUAAUCCCACAAAUUAUUUAAUUAUUCAGAAUAAAGGAAUUCUUUAUAAGGCAUUGGAUUUAAAAAUACUUAAACAAGAUCUUCAAGAAUUUGGUAAUUUUGAUAUAAAAUUACUUUCAAAGUAUACUGCAUUGGUUGCCUUCCCUUUCGUGCAUACUCGUAUUAUUAUUUAUAAACUAAAGACAAACUACAAUGUGGAAAAUUAUUCAACAUACCAAAGGAAAAAAAAAAACAAACACAUCAUUUGCCUCAGUUUAGCUAUAAUAACUACUUGUGUAACAAUUAUGAAAUAUUUAAGAAAAUAA